AUGCAGGCACUUCCCCCCGUUUCCCGCAUGCGUCCUUCUUCUGUCUCAACCUCCCUGCAGCCCCGUCCUUGCGCAAUUGAAAUUCGUCACUCUGCCCUCAAUUUCGAGGAGAUUCCGGCCCAGACCUUACCAAACAACCUCUUCAACCUCUCCUUCCACCCACACGCCCACCAAAGAAGCGAACCGGCCGCAUCAGAUUCAGUCGGAAACAGCGACAAUCAAAGCCAUGACUUCGCUCCCAGCACCACUGCUACAAGCACCUCCCACCCCCACUGCGUGAGCGUACUUCCCUGCGCCGUCCUCCGCGGCCGAUCAUCAAUGAUGGUAGUACGCCGUCGCCCCUCAGCAAUCGACCUCGCUCUCAGCGAAGAACGAUCACGCUGUACCUGUGACUCGAUUGAAAGACAGGGCCUUGACCUAAUGGAGCCCCGUCCCGUUGACAUGGAUCUGCACGCUAAUGCCCAUGCCCAUGCCCAUUCUCAUGCUCAUGCGCGCUGCCAGCAAGCACCGUCUUCACCACCGCUGCAAUCACCCUUCUCCCGCAGUAUGAUUGCCGGUACCGGCACUGAGCGGAAUUCGAUGCAACACUCGUCUCAGCAGUCGCCCCGCUUCGUGAUGGGGGGUAUUUUUGAAGUCAUGGAAGGGCGGGCUUAG